AGUUCCAAAGAUCAUAAAGGAACUUUCCUGGAUGACUGGGAUCUAUCAGAGGCUAAUCGGAGUGAGGUGUCUGAGCAUCAGAAUAUGGAUCAAAGGCAUGCCUUAGAUCAAGAUCAGAGCUCUAUGCUUAAAGUGAUAUGUAGUCAGAGAGAUCGAUUUAGGACACGCUUGAGAGAGACAGAAGAGGAAAUAAGGCAGUUGAAGGAGAAGAUUGGGGUAUUAACAGCAGAGCUGGAAAAGACCAAAGGAGAUAAUGUUAAAUUAUACGGAAAAAUUCGUUAUGUCCAAGACUAUAAUGUUGAGAAAGUGGUUUCUCGGGGUUCUAAAAAGUAUGCAGAAGAUCUUGAAAGUGGUUUUGCAUCAGAUGUUGAAUCUAAAUACAAGAAGAUAUACGAGGAAGAUAUAAAUCCUUUUGCUGCAUUCUCAAAAAAGGAAAGAGAUCAAAGAUAUAAGGAGUUGGGAUUCAGGGACAGAAUCACACUCAGCAGUGGACGAUUUCUUCUCGGUAACAAGUAUGCCCGAACUUUUGCAUUCUUUUACACAAUCGGGUUGCAUAUCUUGGUCUUUACCUGUCUCUAUCGAAUGUCAGCUUUGAGUUAUCUUAGUCAUGGCUCAGAUGAAUCUCGGAUUGGAGAAAGAACCAUUGAUCUUCCACUUCCACGAGGACUGUAGUGGCUAUGCGACUUACUUCCAGUGGUCAUUUUAAUGUAAUGAAAACAAGUUGUCAAUAUUCUAAUAUGUUGUUGUACGUACAACGAAAUAGAGUUUUAUCUUUUAUAUAUUGGUUCAAUGAAAUAUAGAGGCGAUUUCUAGUGUAAA